AUGGCGGCACAGGGCAGACAGCGACAGUCAUUGCGAAACGGCAGCGAGGAGCAGAGCCUGCUUUCCAGGGUAUCGCAAUCGGGGGUGGUGCAGCAGACGAAGCGAGCGGCGAACGACGCGUCGUUGGUGACGAAGAAGCUGAUGAAGAGCACGGGCAAGGCGGCGUGGAUUUUGGGAACGACAUUCCUAAUCCUGGGGGUCCCACUGAUCAUCGCCAUGGAUCGCGAGCAGCAGUUCAACGAACUCGAGUUGCAGCAGGCCAACAUCCUCGGUUCCCCUUCCUCUCUCAAGUAA